AACCAGUAAAAAAGAUAACAUUUCAAAAGUCAGCAAUAAAAAAAAAGUUGUCUUAACUACGAAUAGUAACCUUGCUUCAACUACGAAUAGUAACUCUACUCUAACUAUGAUCAGUAAUUCUGAGCCAAGUGUGAUGACUAAUCCUGAGACAAACUAUUGUGAAAAAGCUGGUCCAAGUGUUAAGAACAAUAAUGCAAAG